AUGGCUUGUGCAGCACCAGCAGCUCCAUCCACCAAGGAGACCACCAAUUAUGCGCGGUUGUGUCGGCUCUUGGUGGAGCUUGGUACCCAGACCCUCAAGGACACUUUCGAUUCCAUACACGCACCAGCAACCCUGCAUGCUGUUUUGGCAGGAAAUAUAACUACGUUGCAAUCACUGAGGGGCAGAAGGAUUAUUAAUCCAACACAAUGGGGAAAGCUAUUUCCAACCAUCCCUUCAUCUGUUUCGUCGGCAUCAUUCGAUAUCACUCUCCUGAUGGUCUUGUUAAGGAACAUCUGCGGUCUGGUUGCGCCCACGACUGGUAUCCGCCCUGGUUGGGAUGUUUUGCCUGGCCCCACAGAUUCGAACCGUGAAGCCGAUAUUGCUCGGAUUAAGUACUUUAGGAACACAGUGUAUGCACAUGCUGAGCACGCUUCAGUUGAUGAUGCAACGUUUAAAAGCCACUGGCAGAGCAUUAGGGAAUCUCUGGAACGCCUGGGAGGAGGUGAGUACAGAGCUGCUAUCGACCGUCUUGAAACGGAAUGCAUGGAUCCUGACGCUGAACAACACUACAUUGAGCUGCUGGAACAGUGGAAGAAAGACGAGGACAACGUGAAAGAUAAGUUAGAGGAAGUCAUGAAAAAGCUGGAUGAAAUUGCAACUGAAGGUUAGUUAAUACUAGUCUACUGAAAGGCAACCUGUUGACCUGUUGUAGUAUGCCCGGACGUCAUCCUGCAUAUUGUACUUAGUUAAACCAGUUCCAGUUCCUUACAUUUCGAUCUCUAAGUCUUAAUUGGUGAACACUGCAAAUAUAAGGGAAAGAACUUAACGUAUUAACAACGAAAAAACCGGAGAUUGACCUUUUUGUAAAUUUUUUACCUCAAGUGUACCUUUUCAUUCUUUUGAACAGGUUAUUAUUUUCAGUAUGUGGAAGAGCAGGUCACUGAGGUGGAACAGGAGAACUGUUCCUCUUCAGUGGCUAAAAUAAUGAUGACCUUCUCCUCAAUGGUAAUGUGCAUUAAAUUGGAUAAUGCCCCUGCUCCUCCGGAGAAAAACGUACGGCCUCGAGGCCAAGGCAUUAUCCUCUAUUCACUUCAAUCAGGCACAAGGUCGUUUACAGACGGCUCGCCCCCCUCAAAAAAGCAACUUGGUUGCCUAUUAGAUUGUAACACAUAGUUACUUGUGAACCUAGUCUUUCACCGUCCGUAGAGUUCCGAAUCUAAUUCCCUUUGAAUACAGGCCUUUUUUUAAAAAAAUUCGAAACGCAAUAAAGUCUCCUACAAAAGCCCCUUCGUACUUAAGCGCCACCUUGCCUUACACCUUGCCUAGUCCCUGUACGGCAUCUUCCCAGGCCUUCUCGGUCAAAGUAUUUUAGUGACGUAUCCGAGACGAACGCAUCGGCCGCGCGCAAUAAUGAGGUUUAGGGAUUAGGCAAAGGGCCACCCUCACUUUCUGUGGCUUUCAUCUGCAAAUUGCCCUCACCUGCAAAAUACCGUAUAUUUCCUUGAAUGAUAGCCGUCUCUCGAUUAGUCGCCUCCCUUGAAUAAUUGCCCCCCUUUGAUGGAAAUGUUUCAAAUAAUCGCCUAUCUCGAAUAAUCGUCCCCUGCUAUUACUCGAGGAAAUCAGUGACGGUACACGGUGCGUAUGGAGAUUGAAGGAGACAUUCUCCCAGAAUUUUUGCAGCGACAAUCACCUCAUACCGGUUAGUUUUCGACGUUAGCCAGUGAAGGGACAUUUUGUCUUAGCACCCUUUCCCUCUUCGGGCUAUAGGUCCGGGUCAGUCUAGAAAGGGUACAGUAUGACAAAGCAGGCUAUGAUUGACUGAUGUAUAAACAUAUUGGUCUUUUUUAGUGAAAACCUUGAAGUCUUCAGAAAAGAAGUUUAGAUCAAUUACGUGUAAAGAGAAGUAUCAUGAGAAUGAGCCAGUGGAAUACUUCUGUGAAGACUGCAAAGUUUGCAUUUGUCACAAAUGUGGAAUGACAGUUCACAACCAACACAACAAGAAGGAUAUACAACAUGCUACUGAAGACAUAAAAAGUCAAAUGGAAAAAAUUGUUAAAAAAAUUAAGGUGAAAGCGGUCAGUGUUGAAGCGAAGGUGAAGGAACAAACUAAUCUAAAGCUGAAAACCCAGGAAGAGAUCUGUUCCGCUGAAAAAGAGAUGAUUAAGGCUGUGGAAGAAAAAAUUCGCCUCUUGAACAAACAUAGAGCAGAUGUAAAAACAAAAUUAUCUGAAAUCCUUGAAGCGCAAGUUGAAGAGCAUGAUACUAGGAUAAAACACUUUCAAAUGGUUGCUACACAGAUUAAAAAAUUUGCAGGUAAUGGCGAAGAUUUAUUAAAGCAAGAAAUCAUCGGGCCUGAAAUUCUGGAAACAGAGUGUCAUGUAGUAUUCACUGUCUUAGAAAAACUUUUGAAUGACGAGGAAAUGGAAAUCUAUAAACCAAAAUGCGUUACCUAUUGUGACAAUAACAAACAAGAACGCCUGUUCGGUCAGCUAGUUGGAUUUCAUCCUUACCCUUCUACUUCUGUUUGUGAAGAGAACCUGCCAACUGCUAGUCUGAGUUUCCCAUUUGAAGGGUCUCCAAUUCAAAGCAAAGUCGUUGUAUCUUUAGGACCAAACAGGAUAAUAAAAGUCCGUCACAAGGGCAGCAUUGCAGUGAGUGAGAAGACUGGGUACAUUGCCGUGGCAGAGAGUUACAAACAUCGAGUUCAUUUGUUUGAUUCUGAAUGGAAAUUUCUGAGGACGAUAGGAGACAAGGGGACUGGUAAAGAGAUCAUGGAUCAACCAAUCUCGGUGGCAUUCACAUCAUCUGGUAACAUCUUAGUGGUUCAGUCUCCAUCACUGCAGAAAAAACAGUUGUCCGUAUUUACAGAACGUGGUCAUUAUAUAACCGAUAUCAGCAAGUACGUGUUACGUCCACGCAGUGUAUCUGUUAGAAAAGAUGGUAAUUUGUUAGUGUGUGACCAGUGUGAUGUGAAGGUUCUUUCUUCUGAUGGCACAAAACUCUUACAGACCAUUAAAGCUCCGUGCUGUGAUGAGAGCCCUUGUUUUGCUGUUUAUCACCAAGGCAUGUUUUUUGUUUCCUACGCGAAAUUACAUUGUGUGAAAACAUUCAGUGAUGAGGGGCAGUUCCUUUAUGAGAUUGGUUGCAAAGGAACUGGCGACGGGCAGCUGAGAAUGCCUCAAGGCCUUGCAAUAGACAAAUUGAACAAUCUAGUUGUAUGUGACAGCGACAAUAAGAGGCUUCAAUUUUUUUCUCUGGAAGGAAAAUUCCUGAACUCUGUUACUGAUGAGGACUCUCGACCUCGUCGACUUGGGUCUGUUACUGUUGUUAAGAAUGGCGACCUGCUCUUUUGUGAUUUGUAA